CCUGGCGCAUGCGCACAGCUCCAUAUGGCUCCAAGAUGGCUGACACAGCGUCCGGCGGCUCCGGCACGAGGGGCAGCAAGCAGGCUGGCACCCCCGCAGACAAUUACCAGCUGGCGCGGCGCCGCACGCUGCAGGUGGUUGUGAGCUCGCUGCUGACCGAGGCCGGCUUUGAGAGCGCCGAGAAGGCGGCGGUGGAGACGCUCACCGAGAUGAUCCAGAGCUAUAUCUCAGAGAUUGGGAGGAGUGCCAAGUCCUACUGCGAGCACACAGCCAGGACCCAGCCCACGCUCUCGGACAUCGUGGUCACCCUGGUGGAGAUGGGCUUCAACGUGGAAACCCUUCCUGCCUACGCCAAGCGUUCCCAGAGGAUGGUGAUCACUGCCCCUCCAGUGACAAACCAGCCUGUGACCCCCAAAGCCCUGACAGCUGGGCAGAACAAGCCUCACCCACCCCACAUUCCUGGCCACUUCCCAGAGUUCCCAGAUCCUCACACCUACAUCAAGACUCCAACGUACCGGGAGCCGGUGUCCGAUUACCAGGUGCUGCGGGAGAAGGCGGCGUCGCAGCGCCGGGACGUGGAGAGGGCCCUCACCCGCUUCAUGGCCAAGACUGGCGAGACCCAGAGCCUCUUCAAGGACGAUGUCAGCACAUUCCCACUGAUUGCUGCCAGGCCCUUCACCGUGCCCUACCUGACAGCUCUGCUGCCCUCGGAGCUGGAGAUGCAGCAGAUGGAGGAGACGGAUUCCUCGGAGCAGGACGAGCAGACGGACACCGAGAACCUCCCGCUGCACAUGAGCACGGAUGAUGCCGGACCCGAGAAGGAGAACACCUCAGUGCUGCAGCAGAGCAGCUCCCUGGCAGGCAGCAGGAACGGUGAGGAGAACGUCAUCGACAACCCCUACCUGAGGCCCGUCAAGAAACCCAAAAUCCGCAGGAAGAAGUGAGGGAGGAAUUCCCAAAAUAUUCCCUGGGCUCAGGAGAGGCAGCCCAGCUGAGGAGGGGUCUCUGAGCCUGGUGAACCCCACUCCCACCCUGCUGUCCCUCUGCUCGCUGCCGUGCUCCAGGAGAAACACCUGGGAAUUGUCUGGGGGGCUUUGGUUCCACUCUGGGGGGAUUUAAUUCCUGAGGAGCUGAGAGAGCCAGGGCUUGGAGGGGCUGGGCUUGGAGAACCCAGGGAUGGAUUUGGAUUUGGAGCACCUGAGGGUUGGAUUUGGAGGGACACAGGGGUUGGAUUUGGAUUUAGAUUCGGAGGACACGGGUUGGAUUUGGAAGACACAGGAGCUGGAGCUGAGGGAUCCAGGGCUUGGAGGGACACAGGGUUGGAUUUGGAGAACCCAGGGGUUGGAUUUGGAGGAUACAGGGGUUGGGGUUGGAUUUGGAGGAUACAGGGGUUGGAUGUGGAUUUGGAUUUAGAUUUAGAUUUGGAUUUGGAGGACCCAGGGUUGGAUUUGGAUUUGGGAGACACAGGGUUGGAUUUGGAUUUGGAGGAACAAGGGAUUGGAUUUGGAGGGACCCAGCGGUUGGAUUUGGAUUUAGAGGACACAGGAAUUAGAUUUGGAUUUGAAUUUAAAUUUGAAUUUGGAGAACCCAGGGGUUGGAUUUGGAUUUGGAGGACACAGGGGGUUGGGGUUGGAUUUGGAGGACACAGGGUUGGAUUUGGAGGACACAGGGUUGGAUUUGGAUUUGGAGGACACAGGAGCUGGAGCUGAGGGACUCGGGGAUUGGAUUUGGCUUUGGAGAACCCAGGGGUUGGGGUUGGAUUUGGAUUUUGAGGACACAGGGUUGGAUUUGGAGGACACAAAGGCUGGAGCUGUGGGACCCAGGGAUUGGGAUUGUAUUUGGGGGACCCAGCCUUUAUUUCCUUCCUUUAUUUCCUUUAUUUCCUCCCUUUAUUUCCUCCUUUAUUCCCUUUAUUUCCUCCUUUAUUCCCUUUA